CGUACGGAACUUCUAAGUGCCCGCGUAUCAUCCAUCGCACUCUGCCGGAGCAUGAAAUUUUUUUCUGCACGACUUCGGUUCCUCGUCCGCAUCCAUAACCGGAAUCUGGCAACCUACCUGGAACUCCUUCCACAGCAGAAAGAAAGCGGGAAUCCGUUUCUUUCGAGAAAGAAAUAGAGAAAUCGUAGAAAGAAUGGGGUCGACGACGAGAACGAAUUUCUACAAGAAUCCCUCCUUCUCUUACAACAAACACUUCAACCUCUCAUCCGUCCUCCAAAACCUCAGAGCAUACAACGCUGCCACCGGCACCGCUCCUCCAGUCGAAGAAUCGCCUUCUUCCAUCGAGGAGAAAACGGUUCUGAAACGCGAUCCAGAUCACAAGCGGAAGCGGCUGUGCCACGAGAACAGUGAGGGGACUUCGGAAGAAACCACAGUCUUCUCUCACCAGAGUUACAUCGAGAAGAUAAGGAAAGAAGUUGGGUCUUCUCAUGUUUACCAGGAAUUAACUGCAGAUGUGUUGGGGACUUCCAAUUUGGGUUUGGAACCUUUGGUGAACUAUCAAGGGGAUGAAAGUACUUCCUCAGAAGAAUGUGAAGAAAAACUGGAUAGAAAAAGUCCUGUUCAUGUGGAUGAAAGUGAUCGGAUCAAGGAAAGAGGUGAACAGCGUUUCGCUGCUCCUGGGGAGCCUGUUUGUGUGGUAUGUGGGAGAUAUGGGGAGUAUAUUUGUAAAGAGACAGGCGAGGAUAUCUGCAGUAUCAAUUGCAAAGCUGAGCUGCCAAAACUUCGAAAUAUUGACCCGGUCGAGGUAGCUUCAAGCCACCAAGAUUCUCUUGUCUGCUUGGAAAGACCUAAAGGUGUGUUACAGAUGGCUGAGCUUAAGAUGAAUGCACUGCAGAUGCCCGAGUUUAAGGAAGAUAUCUGGGAUUUUGACAGGCACCGGUGGAGCAAAAAAAAUUCCAGUUUCUGUACAUAUGAAUGUUGGAAAUGCCGGAAGCCUGGCCACCUUGCUGAGGAUUGUUUAGUGACAUUUCAUUCACCACACCUUUCCACGAAUCAAUCAUGUGACCCGGUAUCCAAGAGAGACCAUAAAUCCGGUUUUAUAUCUAAAGAUAUUCUUGCUCUCUACAAAAGGUGCCACCAAAUAGGAAAAAGUUCGUCAUAUGCAAAAUGUAAUACCUGCCGUAGCUCUUCAAGUUUGUCAAUGUGUCUCGAUUGUAGUGCUAUCCUUUGUGACAGUGCAGGUCAUUUGAAACAGCAUAUUGAUUCACACCCUUCCCAUCGGCGAUUCUAUUCGUACAAGCUCAAGCGUCUGGUGAAAUGCUGUAAACCAACUUGCAAUGUGACCGACAUAAAGGAACUUUUAUCUUGCCAAUAUUGCUUUGAUAAAGCGUUUGACAAGUUCUAUGAUAUGUACACUGCCACAUGGAAAAGAGCUGCACUCUCGAUUAUCUAUGGUUCCAUUUGCUGCGAGGAGCACUUCACUUGGCACGGAAUGAAUUGCCCGAGCGCAGAUGUAGAAGGCAGUGGAUAUAUUAUCAGCAGAAAUAGCCAACAAGACCUGUCCGGCCAGCUCAGUGAUUUCAUCUUCUGAUGAAUGGUGCUUCUCUAUGGCUUAACAUUUACAGGGGCACUGCUAUUUUGGUCACAAAGGAGUUAUAAGGUGAUGCAUCACAAUGUGAAAGUGUCCUGAUGCACCAAUCUGUACAAGUGGGGUAUCUUAUUCUUCGGUGACCCAGACAGUUGAUCUUAUGGGCACUACUGUGGAUGGGGAACUCCCAAAAUCUCCUAGAUUUAGAAUUUCUUAACCUUCAAUUAGUGGCCUGCAAAUAGACAGGAGAAAAAAAAACGGUGGUCCAAAAAAAUGCCAAUGAUUUUAUGUAUAAUCUUUCCAAUUGAUGAGUUUUGGGUUGGUCCAUAUUGUGGCGGGUCCCAUAGGUCAAUGGUCUGGAUCAACGAACCUUGGACCCCACUUGUACAAAAUGGGUGCAUCGGUAUGCUAUUGAAGGUUCUGAUAGUAUAUGAGGACUGUAUAACCCUUAUGCAUUGUUCUCAUUGAACAUCUUUUUUACAACUGCUUAUUGGAAAAAAAUAAA